AUGCGGCGUUUACUAAGUAAUUGGGAAAAUGGCGGCAGACUGUUAUCCAACAAAAAUAGUAUAAUAAUAAAAUGCUUAGAACGACAUGCAAGUGGAGGAGUGGACGCUAAUGUGCAACCAGGAAAAGAGCGGCAGCCUGCGCAGAAAUCCCCGGCGGAAAACGGCGAUGCUUUCGCAACGAAAUAUUGCAUGGGUCUUGUGGAAAAAUACGACUAUGAGAACUACCUGAGUACGUUGUUGCUGCCCCAGGAGCUCCGACAAGCGGCAUUUGCACUGCGCGCCUUCAACGUCGAAGUUUCCCGAUCUGUUGUUGGCCAUCACCUCGAGCCUCAAAUAACCAAAAUGCGGCUUAAGUUCUGGUACGACUCGAUUGAUAAAUGCUUUGAACCAGCGACGAAUAAAUCAUAUGUGCAGGACCAGCCUGUGCUACGCGAGCUGCAACGCACAGUGGGCGUGCGGCGGCUUAAUAAAGUCUACCUGCGUCGGCUAGUGACGGCGCGCGAACGUCCAUCUAACCAGGCCUUCGAUGUGAUGCGUGAUCUAGAAGAUUACGCGGAUCAGACCUGCGCCUCGCUAAUGCAUUUGCUGGUGGAGCUGAGUGGAAUACGGGACAUAAAUGUGGACCAUGCCGCCUCCCAUGUGGGCAAGGCGCAAGGUAUUGUGAUGCUGUUGCGCGCUAUACCACACACUGGACGACAGCAGGCGGUCGCAGUGCCCCUUGAGGUGUUGGUGCGGCAUGGCGUGAGUCAGGAACGAAUUUUACGAGGCGCGCCCGACGACAAGGCUGUGGAGGAGUGUGUCUUCGAGGUGGCUAGUGCGGCAAAUACACAUCUGGAGCUGGCAAGGCAGCUAUUGCCGCAAAUGCCACGAGUGGCGCGUAAAAUCUUCCUAUCUGCCGUUGCCACAGGCUCCUAUUUGGAAAGACUGCGUCGCGCACACUUCCAGCUGACACAUGCGAGCUGCAUAAAACGCGAUUCAAUGCUGCCGGCGCGACUCUUUUGGAAGUCGCUGUUCAAUAAAUUUUGAAGCUGUAAGUUAAGUUCCUUUUAUUGUUGAAAUAAACUGACCGAUCAAGUCAAGUCUGUGAGGCUAAACCAAACACA